GCGUAGCGUCGUGGGGCGGGGCGGAGAAGCCCCGUCAGGUCUCAGUGGUGUGUCCCAGGCCGUUGCCCCCGCUGUCGCGCUGCAUCUGCUCCUUGCAUGCCUUUAGAUGGUACAGCCCUCAGCCGGGGCUUGGGGAGACAGUGCAGCCGCUGAGCAUCUCUGCUGAGCUUCUCCGCCGAUCCUCCUUUUCUAGCAGGCAGCUCAUCUAGGCCAGGUCCAGGUCGAGGGGGAAAAUGGCGCCCGCGCCCCUAGGCAUCCCGGAGGAGCAGUUGCUGGGGUGUCGAUCUGGAUUGCUUUCCCGGUUACUCUUCCUUGCCCAGAGCGCUCUCCUCCUGUUGCCCGCCGCCGGAGCAGGUCUCUGCCCCGCGCCCUGCUCCUGCCGCAUGCCUCUCCUGGACUGCAGUCGCAGGAAACUGCCCGCACCGAGCUGGAGGGCGCUGUUGGGCCUGCUGCCCCCCGACACCGCUAUCCUGGAUUUGAGUCAUAAUCGGUUGUCUAACUGGAACAUCAGCUUGGAAUCACAGAUGUUACAGGAAGUGAAAAUGAAUUACAAUGAACUAACAGAAAUCCCGUAUUUUGGAGAACCAACGUCUAAUAUUACUCUACUUUCAUUAGUCCAUAAUAUAAUCCCAGAAAUAAAUGCACAGGAGCUCCAGUUUUACCCUGCUCUGCAGAGUUUAGACCUCAGCUCAAAUAUAAUAUCAGAAAUCAAGACAUCUUCAUUUCCUCACAUGCAGCUUAAAUACCUGAAUUUAAGUAAUAACAGGAUAACCACCUUGGAGGCUGGCUGCUUCGAUAAUUUAUCGAGUUCCUUAUUAGUGGUAAAGUUAAACCGUAACCGAAUUAGCAUGAUUCCACCUAAGAUCUUCAAGCUGCCUCACCUCCAAUUCUUGGAACUUAAAAGAAACAGAAUUAAAAUUGUGGAAGGUCUUACAUUCCAAGGGCUUGACUCCUUAAGAUCUUUGAAAAUGCAGCGGAAUGGAAUUAGCAAACUUAAGGAUGGAGCAUUUUUUGGCUUAAAUAACAUGGAAGAACUAGAACUGGAACACAAUAACCUUACACGAGUGAACAAGGGGUGGUUAUAUGGCUUGCGAAUGUUACAGCAGCUCUAUGUGAGCCAGAAUGCUAUUGAAAGAAUCAGCCCUGAUGCAUGGGAGUUCUGCCAAAGACUAUCCGAACUUGAUUUGUCGUAUAACCAGCUGACCCGCCUGGAUGAAUCUGCCUUUGUGGGUCUGAGCUUAUUGGAGAGAUUGAAUUUGGGAGACAACAGAGUCACUCAUAUUGCUGAUGGUGUAUUUAGAUUUCUUUCCAAUCUUCAGACAUUGUGUUUAGUGGAGAGCUUUCUUACAAAGGUCUGUUUAUAUUUCAGAGUCUUACAAGGAAACCAGAUUAAGUCAAUUACAAAGAAAGCAUUCAUUGGUCUUGAAUCCCUUGAGCAUCUAGAUUUGAACAAUAAUGCCAUAAUGUCUAUCCAAGAAAAUGCUUUUUCUCAGACUCAUUUGAAAGAACUGAUUCUGAACACAAGCAGUUUGCUCUGUGACUGCCAUUUGAAGUGGCUACUUCAGUGGUUGAUUGAUAAUAACUUUCAACAUUCUGUGAAUGUAAGCUGUGCACACCCUGAAUGGCUAGCAGGGCAAAGCAUCCUGAAUGUGGAUCUGAAAGAUUUUGUCUGUGAUGAUUUUCUUAAGCCACAGAUAAGGACACAUCCUGAAACCAUAAUUGCUCUAAGAGGCAUGAAUGUGACUCUGACGUGCACUGCAGUGAGCAGCAGUGAUUCACCCAUGUCCACUGUGUGGCGCAAAGACAGUGAAAUCCUGUAUGACGUGGAUGUUGAGAAUUUUGUUCGUUAUCGGCAGCAAGCUGGAGAAGCUCUGGAAUAUACUAGUAUCUUACAUCUUUUCAAUGUGAAUUUCACAGAUGAAGGAAAAUAUCAGUGUAUUGUUACUAAUCACUUUGGUUCUAAUUAUUCUCAGAAAGCCAAACUGACUGUAAAUGAGAUGCCAUCUUUUCUGAAAACGCCGAUGGAUCUGACUAUUCGCACUGGUGCCAUGGCCAGAUUAGAAUGUGCUGCAGAGGGACACCCUGCACCUCAGAUUUCCUGGCAGAAAGAUGGUGGUACUGACUUCCCUGCGGCUCGAGAAAGACGCAUGCACGUCAUGCCCGAAGAUGACGUCUUCUUUAUUGCCAACGUGAAAAUAGAAGAUAUGGGAAUCUAUAGCUGCAUGGCACAAAAUAUAGCAGGAGGUCUCUCAGCAAAUGCUUCCCUAACAGUGUUAGAGACACCCUCAUUUAUUAGACCCCUGGAGGAUAAGACAGUAACCCGAGGUGAAACUGCAGUGUUACAGUGCAUAGCUGGAGGGAGUCCUGCACCUCGUCUCAACUGGACUAAAGAUGAUGGGCCUUUGCUGGUGACAGAACGACAUUUCUUUGCUGCAGCCAAUCAGCUUCUCAUCAUUGUAGAUGCUGGGCUAGAAGAUGCUGGGAAAUAUACCUGCAUUAUGUCUAACACCCUUGGGACAGAACGUGGCCACAUUUACCUAAAUGUCAUUUCAUCCCCCAAUUGUGACUCUUCCCAGAGUAGCAUUGGGCAUGAAGAUGAUGGCUGGACUACAGUUGGCAUUGUCAUCAUUGUUGUGGUCUGCUGUGUUGUUGGCACUUCUUUGAUCUGGGUCAUUGUUAUUUACCACAUGAGAAGGAAAAAUGAAGACUAUAGUAUCACAAACACAGAGGAGCUCAAUCUGCCUGCAGACAUUCCCAGCUACUUGUCUUCCCAAGGAACGCUGUCUGAGCCACAGGAAGGCUACAGCAACUCUGAGGCAGGCAGUCACCAGCAACUUAUGCCUCCUGCCAAUGGAUAUAUACACAAAGGCACUGAUGGUGGCACUAGUACCCGGGUGAUUUGCUCAGAUUGUUAUGACAAUGCCAACAUCUACUCCAGGACCCGAGAAUACUGUCCAUACACCUAUAUUGCUGAGGAGGAUGUUCUUGAUCAGACACUGUCGAGCCUCAUGGUCCAGAUGCCUAAAGAGACAUAUUUAGCUCAUCUUCCCCAGGAUGCUACUGCCCUAGAGAGCCUGAUAUUAUCAGCUGAUGGAGAGCCAUCUGCCUUUCCCACCAACCAUGAAAGGAUAAGUGAGAAGAAACUUUCGUCCACACCGAUGAGUGGUGAAACAUUGCAGCGGCCCGUCUGGAACAUAAACAGAGAACUAGGCCUGCCUCAUCCUCCUUUUUCCCAGCAGCCAGUCCAUGAGUCACCACAACUUCAUCAAAAUGAGGGCUUGGCAGGGCUGGAGCCAGACUGUUCCGCUUCUUCCAUGUCCUGCCACAGGUUACAGGAUCAUGGUUUUGAUUUUAGUAGGACUCGGAACAUUCAAGAUGGUAGUGAAGGCACAUGAAACCCACUUCAGGAUGAAAUCUGGGCAGAGACUCAUAAAUUAAUUUUGCAUUUACUACCUCAGAGCUCAGAAGAAACUCCGAAGUCAGCAUUUGCUUUACUCUUUCUUUAUGAUUGCAUCUGACUGCACCAAGGUGGGCCAUGCGUUGUUUGGUCUUAUACCUGAUGAAGAAAUGGUAACAGCUGACAGAAAUGGGUACAGCUCAUCAAAAAUGUGCAGCAUCGGCAGAGGGAAGAUACGGGGCAAAUGUGCUUCCUGAUGGUUCCAUGGGGAUGUGCCCCAGUGUGCAUCUGUCAGAAGUCACAUUGCUGCUUAACCUGCUGGAUUGCCCUAGUCUUCAGAAUGGUCCUGAGAAAACAUCACUACUUUGAUGUUCUGCUUUGCCUUCCAAGGAGCAAAAAUAACUUUGGAGCCUUGUGGGAAGUGUGCCUGGGAUUCUUCAGUGGUUUCAGGCAGAUAGUUGAGACUGGGGCUUUGAUAUUCAAGGUCUUUGGCAAGAAUCCCAGACUUGACCAACUGGUAUCAGGUCAAAGGUUUUUGUAUUCUUGUGAAUUUUUUUUUGUCCCUAUUGCCCAGGGAUGUCACUGUAAACAUAUGUACAUUUAUAAAUAAUUUUUGUAUUCAUUGA